GGUUAAGGGUCACAAUCAACAUGGCGGCGAACAUGGCAAAAUUUCGGAUAUCGAAAUGUUUGAAGAUAGUUGGAGAAAAUAGACUCUUUCCGCGCAGUUUUAGAAGUCGUCACCUGGGCAGAUGGCAGACAGAGGGCACGUCGGGGGUCAGAUGGGUCCAGACGAACCCAUGGGCGGACGGGGGGAAAGUUAACGAGGUUAGCGUCGAAGUCGGGGACAAGGUCAUGAGAAUAUCAACUGGAAAGUUUGCAAGAUUUGCCGAUGGCUGUGCUGUGGUCCAGAUCGGUGACACAUCUGCCAUGGUGACAGCUGUCAGUCGUACCAGACCCAGCUCUGCAGGGUUCCUGCCUCUCACCGUGGACUACAGACAGAAGGCGGCUGCGGCCGGUCGGAUCCCCACCACCCACCUGAGACGUGAGCUGGCGCAGACAGACAGGGAGAUCUUGGUCAGCAGACUCAUAGAUAGGUCUAUCAGGCCACUGUUCCCAGCAGGAUACAUGUAUGAAACACAGGUCAUCAGUAACCUCUUGGCUGUAGAUGGGGUCAACGACCCUGACAUUGCCAGCAUCAAUGGAGCUUCCACAGCUCUAGCACUCUCAGACUGUCCAUGGAAUGGACCAAUUGGUGCAGUAAGAGUAGGAAUUGUGGAUGAUGAGUAUGUCAUCAACCCCACACGGAGGCAGCUGUCUAGGAGUAAACUCAACCUGGUGGUGACGGGAGCAGAGAGGAACCUGGUCGUGAUGUUAGAGGGUUCUGCAGAAAACGUCUUGCUGCCAGACUUCCAGCGAGCCAUCAAGACGGGAAUCAAGGAGACACAGAAGAUCAUCCGGGGCAUCCAGGCUCUUCAGAAGGAGGUCGGGAAGGAGAAGAGAACCCCGCCCAAACUCUUCACACCCCCGGAGGAGAUAUUGGAACAGGCCAGAAAACUUGCCACAGAAAGACUUCAAGUUGUUUUUACUGACGCCACCCAUCACAAGUUCUCUCGGGAUAAUGCUGUGCAAGAAAUUCGAGCUGAGGUGGAAGAAAAACUAAAGGAGUUGUUUCCAGAGGCAGAACCCUUCAUGAUUAGUGAGUCUAUUAGUGUGGUCACCAAACAGGUCUUCAGGAACCUCAUACUGGACACUUAUCAGAGAUGUGACGGGCGUGAUGUGACUUCCCUGAGAGACAUCUCCUGUGAUGUGGACCUGUACAAACCCUUACAUGGGUCUGCUCUAUUCCAGAGGGGACAGACACAGGUGUUGUCCACUGUGACCUUUGACUCCAAGCAGGCUUCACUGAAGAUGGAUCCUAUCGCUGAGAUUCUUGGUGGGGUGAAACAGAAGGAUUUCAUGCUGCAUUAUGUGUUCCCUCCCUAUGCAACUAAUGAGACAGGCCGGGUGUCCUCUAACUCAAGAAGAGAACUAGGGCAUGAUGCCCUGAAGCCAGGGGUUCCCUUCAGACUUUCCCUUCCCAUAAGGCUGACUGCAGAGGUUCUGGAGUCCAACGGUUCUUCCUCUAUGGCCUCAGCCUGUUCAGGCAGCCUGGCACUCAUGGAUGCCGGGGUGCCCAUCUCCUCUCCGGUGGCGGGUGUAGCCAUUGGUCUGGUGACCAGGACUGAGCCAGACAACCCCACAGACAUACAGGACUACAAACUACUCACUGAUAUACUGGGCAUAGAGGACUACAUGGGAGAUAUGGACUUCAAAAUGGCAGGAACCAAGAAAGGGGUAACAGCCUUACAGGCUGACAUCAAGUUACCCGGCCUGCCGCUGAAGAUCAUAAUGGAGGCUACCCAGCAGGCCACUGUGGCGAAGUCUGACAUCAUCAACAUCAUGAACAGGGCGCUGGCCAAACCCAGGAACACUAGAAAGGAGUAUGGACCAGUAUCCGAGCAGCUGAAAGUGCCGAUGGCCAAGAGAGCCCAGUUUGUCGGGCCUGGAGGCUACAAUAUCAGGAAGAUCACUGCAGAGACAGGUGUGACCAUCACACAGGUGGAUGAGGAGACGUUCUCGGUGUUUGCGCCCAACACCGCCGCCAUGAACGAGGCGCGGGAAGAAAUUGACAACCUACUGAAAGACAAGAGAGAACCACAGCUGGAUUUUGGUGCCAUCUACACAGCUACCAUCACUGAGAUCAGAGAGAGUGGAGUGAUGGUGAAACUGUUCCCCACCAUGCAGCCUACACUGUUACACAACUCACAGCUGGACCACAGAAGGGUAAGCCACCCAUCUGCUCUUGGCUUUGACGUCGGACAAGAAAUGUCUGUCAAGUACUUCGGGCGGGACCCGGCCACCGGUAUGAUGAGAUUGUCGCGAAAGGUCCUGAUCGCUCCCGCGUCGUCAGUGGUCAAGAACUUGAACCUGACCAGGACUCCGGCCUCCCCUUGGGUCACUCAGACGUCCAGCGAACAGAAGGAAGAAGAGAAUGGGGAGGUGAAAGAGGAGGGGGAGGAUAGACAGAAUGAGAGAGAACUGGAGGAAGGACAUAGUGAGGAUAGACAGAAUGAGAAAGAAAAGGAGGAUGGACAUAGUGAUGAGGUGACAGAAGCUUCGGACAGAUCAGAUAAGACAACUUCCAACGACUCAACAACACAUGCAGCAACAUGAUUAGUUUUUGGCAAUGCCUCGGGAGCGAAGCUUUCUUGUAUCACUGCUGUACAGGACUUCUGUUGUUAUUUAGAGAUUGGGAUGAUAUUGCACAACAUACAGCUACGGUGAAAUUUCAAGCCAGCUAAGAUAUAAGUUCUAAUGGUACAGAACUUAAUCUUUUUAGUCGAUAACUGCUAACAUGAUACAUUUAUAGUCAAACACAAAAGUAAAAGUAAGUUGUAAUUGUGUACAUUCCUUUAUUCGCUUUUGUCUUUAAGAUAGCAUAAAAUCACUUUUUCCAAUGGAAAUUGCAAUUGUCAGUAUGUUUGUCACAAACAGCGAUAUUGCUAACUAAGUCCUCAGUCUACCAGGAUAGAUGCAAAUUAAAAAUUGAAUCAAACUAAAGAU